AUGAAACCAACACCACCUCCUAAACCAAAAUCUCCCUCUAAACCAACACCCCCUCCUCAUCGUGCUAAUACACAACCACUAAACACUAACAUUAAUUAUAUUCAUCGUCAAUCUACUAAUCCUUUUGCUGCUCACACCAUAAAACAACAAAAGACUGGAGAACCAACACUUUCACCCAGAUCACCAAAACCAGUACCACAAUCUCCAGUCAAUAGAUACCCACAAAAACAAACACCAACCGUUCCUUCACUACCACAAAAAUUACCUAAAUUAAGUCUUCAAUUCAAGAAAAUACCAACAAACCCAUUUGAUGAACCAACAACACCAACCCACACAACGACAAAUCCAUUUGACGAGCCAUCUUCAAAACAAGUACCAUCAACUAAUCCAUUUGAUGAGCCAUCUACCCAACAACAAUCCCUCUCUCCAAAAAAAUCAAUUAAUCCAUUUGAAAAUUCUUAUUCCCCUAAACGUUACCAAAACAAAACUACCACUAUCACUCCAUCUCAAACACAGAGUUGUCAAGACAUUACAGUUGAAUUAUUAGGGGAUGAUGAAUUUGAACCAAAAGAAUAUGAAUUUGGAGAUGAAGAAGAUAAAUAUAACACUCCCUCAGAAGAAGAAUUUGAAAUUGAUAUUUUAAAUCCAUCUGUAAGUAAUUCAUCAGGAGAAUCUCUUCAUUCAUACUCUAACAUUAAACAAAGUGAUUCAAGUUAUUCAAGACAAUCUAAUAUAACCAAUAAUAUUAAUACACCUCAAAUAGAAAUAGAUACACAAAAAAUUAUACCAAAUAAAAUUGUUAAAAGACAAACAUCAUCACUACUAGCACAACCUAAUGAAUUGCCUAAAAGAACAAAUUCGUCUUCUCCUACAAAAGAAAUUAAUAAACAGAAUAAUUCACUUUCACCUCGUGUUAUUAGUCUAAAUUCAAAAACUCCUCGAGUAUCACAGAAAAUUGAUUUAAAAGGGGAACAAUUAUUGGUUGUAGAUCAUAACCAAUAUAUACAAAAUUUAAUUGUUAGGUUUUCAGAACAAUGUUAUGAACAUUCUCCAUUAGUAGAAUCAACAAUAGAACUAUUAUCUACUUCAAUGGAUGAUAAAUCUCAUUAUGAAUUUCUUAUGCAAACCCUUAACAAUAAAACUUCUUUUGAUAAUGAACAAGUUAAUAUACAGUUUAUUAAAUUAUUAACCAAUAUAGUACGAAUUUCAGAUCAUAGAAGUGUUUCUAUUGCUUCUAAUUUUUCAUCUAGUAAAUUUAGUUUACAAGUAAGGAAUAACACUUCAAUAUUAAUGAAAGAACUUAGCAAAUACCUUUUGAAAGAUGUUGUAGAUUCAUUUUUACAUAUUAUUCAAAGCAUUAAAAAUGAUGAAACAACUAGAGAAGCUGCAGUAAUGAUUAUUUGUUUUAAACAAAUAAUUCUUCCAGUUGAUGGUAUUAACGUGAGUGAAUCAGUUAGAUUUAUAAGUAAUGUAGAAAAUGCAUUAAAUUCAGCACAAAGGAGUGUAUUAAAACGGUCACUAUGUGAAUUACUUGAUGGUGUUUGUAUUAAUGGAUUAGGAAGAGGAAUUGGUAUAAUACAAUUAGAAGAACGGUAUGGAAGAAUCAUUGACUUAUUACGGAAAUGGAAAAAUUCAAAAGUACCAAUUAAUGAAACAUGUGCACACCUUGGUGCUCAAAGUGAUGGACUAUUUGGUCUUUUUAUCCAACCAAUUUUAGUAUCAAAUUAUACUCUUUUAGCUAGUACAAAAGAUCAACAAAAAAGAUUAAAAGCUUUAGAAAUGAUAAGUGAUUAUAUUAGCGGUAGUUUAGAUGUAUUACCAAAGAACCAUUCUUUAAUUCCGUCAUUAGUAGAUGAGUUCCUUGCAAAAACUAUUCUUCCAAAAAAAGAAUAUCAUCGUUUAAAAUAUGCUUCUAAUAGUGAAAUUCCUAUGUUUUCUAAAGUGUUUUCACAUCCUGUUCUUUAUUUACAUCAAACAACAAUGUAUAUUCUUUCUGGAAAAUUUGUUACAACAACAGAUAUUCGUGCUACUGUUAUUCAACAUCUUCCACAAUCUAUUACUUUACCUUCAGAAGUUCAACAAGGAGUAACAGAAUUUUUAUCAAAUACAUCAUCAUUAAUUGGAACGGUAAUGGAUCCAUUUAAUAUAUGGGCAUUAGAAAUGUAUCCAGAAUCAUUUAUUCAUGAUUCUACUGCAAGAGAUACAACUUCACAUAAAAUAGUUAGUGCAUCAAGAAGUCCAAUACUUGAAAUUAAACAAGAAGCAAGAAAAGCAUUACUCAGAGAUGCAAAACGAAAUCCAAGAUUAUUUUGUGGUAUAUUUGAAGAAUUUCUUGGUAAUGGAAUUGAAGAAGAAAGUAAUUGGAGUGAAGGAGAGUAUGUGUGUCAACUUGCUGAAGUAUUUGGACAAACUAAUGACGUUGCUAGUAAAGGAUUAGUUAAUAUGUUACAAAGAAGAAUAUUAGCACUUAUUAUUACAUUAGAUGAAAAAUCUAUUGAAAUAGCUUCACGGUUAGUUGAUGCACUAAAGUUAAAAGGAUAUAGAAUUAUUGAAAAUUCAAAUAUUAUUGCUCAAUAUUUGUCAUUAGUUUCUAUAGAAAAUAUAGAUAAGUUUGUAACUGAACAAAAAGAGUUAUUGUUUGUUAAAGAAUUAUAUAAUAGGUUAUCUAACAGUUAUUCAUCUAAAAUGCAACCAGAGUUAAUUCGAUUCAUUUUUGCAUCAAUGAAAAUGGGAAAUGUACAAAUAAUUCAUUCAAUUAUUUCACAAUACAAUGCUGGUGUAGAUCAUAUUUGUUCAAUGGUACAUUCACUACUUAAAUUAUCAGAACCAUCUGUUAUAGAUCUUUUUGCAUCUUCAAUGAUUGAUUCUAAAAAGAAGAAAUUUAAUCUUGAAUUAUUAAAUACAUUGGUUUCAAUAGAACCAAUUAAAUAUAUUCGUUGUCAAAAUCUUAUUUCAUUAUGUAGAUUAACAUUAAAACAUUGGACUCAAUUUAAAGAUCUUCCAACUUCAAAUAUUAUUUUAUUUGAAAUAGUAUCAAAGAUAUGUACUUUAGAAAUUACAUUACCUUCUCCAUCAAUAGAAGAUUCAUUAGUAACAUUUAUCUCAAAAUACAUUCAUCAAAUAUCAUUACAUAAAUAUAUUACUUCAAUAGUCAAUGCAAUAACACUAAAAGCAAGAAUAUCUUCUCCAAUUGAUUUGUUUAAUCUUCUUGAAAUACUCUAUUCCUCUGAUCCUAUUGCUUCAGAAACAUAUUUAGUAAAUUUAUUAAAAAGAUAUCCAAAUAUGUUAUCUAUUUCAAUGCAACGUUCUUUUUUGACAAGGGAUGUAAGAAUGAUGUAUUACCAUGCAGUGUAUACAAUUCUUAGUAGUGGAUAUCCUAUUCGUAUAGAAGAAAUAUUAAGUUAUGGUAUUAUUUUAACAUCAAAAAAUUCAAAUGACUUUGCAGCAUUAAUGAAAGGAAUACAAGGAUUUAAUAUUUCUACUUAUUGUGGAUGUGCUGCAGGUGGAUCGUGGAAUUGUGCAAUAAUGAGAGAACUGGCCAAAGCGUAUUGUUCUGAAAGUCCAUCGAUACUAAAAGGGGUACUUCAAUAUCAUAAUUUGUUAAGUAAUAAUGAGUAUAGAGUAUUGAUCCAUGUAUGUUGUGAAUGGAUGAAAGUUGCUGUUCAGUAUGAUCUUGAAGGAACAAUUAAUAUUAUGAUUGAUAUGACAUCAACAGCACAGCAAUUAGAUUAUGAAAUUUGUGAAAUGUGGCAAUACGUUAUACGACAAUGUGAAGAUAAAAUCGAUAUAAUAUUAGAAAUUUUAUUAACAAAAGCAGAAAGUACUGAAGAAAGUAUAGGUUUAAUUGGUAAAAUAAUGUGUAGUUUAUGUGGAAUAGAAUCAUUAUGUUUACCGAUAUUUAUGAAUUUAUAUAAUAAUAUUAUGGAAUUACCAAUUCAACCUAAACUUCCUUGUGACUUAAUUGAAAUAACACCAUCAUUCCCUUCUAAAAAAGAAAACGUUUAUUUCAUACUACUCUCUUUUAUCAUUUCAUUAAUACCAAUUACUACAAUACAAUACAUUCCUCAUUUAUGUGCUUUAUCCUUACUUUUUUAUGCUCCAACAACAGUUCAUGGAGAAUUAGAGGCAUGUGCAAGAAGAGUCAUAAGUAUUGUUUCUCCAUCUUUAUCAUAUGAUAAAAUGUUUACACCAGAAAGUAUUAAAGGAAUAAAGAAUCAGUUAGAUAAUUUUGGUGUUCUUGAACAGUUUGAACAGAUAAUUUUAAGUUGUUGCACAGUGUUUCAAACAGAAGUAGCAGUAAAUGCUUUAGAUAUAUUUAUUCUUCUUCAAGACCAUCCACCAUUUUCAUUAGAUAUGUUAUCAAUGAUUAGUGCACGAGGAUUAUUAUUUGGAGAAGUGCAAGUGCUUCAAAAAGUAGUUGAAGCAUCAAUCCAAUUAAAUGAUCCAUCUAUUGCAGAGAUACUAAUUUCUGUUCCUGUUAUUGGUAUUUUUGAAAAAGCAGCUCAAAUCGUACCUGUUAAUUCUAUUAAAGUUAAUAUAUUAGCUCAUGCUGCAGGAAGAAAAGAAACACAACGUCUUGUCUAUGAAUUAACAAAAAAUUGUACUGGAAUUAAAGGAUGGAUUGGAGAGCUCAUUAAAAUAGGAACUGGUCUUCAAAAAAAUAAUUUCGUAUUAUCUGUUGUUCAUGCAUUCAAUGAUUUUGAACCAAAUGAAAUUGUUGAGAUAUUAAUGUCUAUUGCAGAAGGUGGAAGUUAUGGAGUAUCAACAGAAGCCUUAUUACAAUUAUGUAAAUUUAAAUAUACUUUUAUUAAUAAACGAUUAGUGGAAAUUAUUUCAAGAGGAAUGAAUUGUGAAGAAACUGCUCAAGAAUGUGCUAAAUUUCUUGAAUCUUAUUGUAUUGAAACUAACAUUCCUAAAGGUGACUUUGAACAACACAAUUUAUUUUUUGAUGGAAUUAAUGAAGACAUUAUUAAAUCAGAGUGUGUUAAAGCAAUUGAAAAAAUUUGUUUAAAUAAUUCUAUUGCAAUUGAUCAUCAACGCUUAUUAUCAAUUGUAAGGAAUCAUUCAAUGGAUAUAAAAAAUUUUAGAACACUAUUUUCAUUAUAA